CUUCACUCGACUCGUAUCGUAUAGCAGGCUAGCAGCAGCAGCGUCCUUCAGUUCACCUCCCUUUCUCCACUCCCCCCGGCCCGUCGCUCUCCCCCGCAUCCCAUCGCGAACCAACCCCGCGCCCGCCCCGGACGGUGCGCGUCUCCACUGACCCGCACGAUCGCGCUCUCGCCCGCGCCCCGGCCCCGGCCGGCCGGGUGAGCAGCAGCUGCGUGCAUGGAUCCCUCGGGGCCAGCCGGCGCCGGGGCCGGGCCGUCCUCGGCGGCGGGGGCGGGCGGCGACGACGCGCACGCGCACGCGCCGCCGCAGCAGCACCAGAUCCAGCCGCUUGCUCAGGCGCAGGCGCAGCCGCAGCCGCAUCAGCUGAGCAGGUACGAGUCGCAGAAGCGGCGGGACUGGAACACGUUCCUGCAGUACCUGCAGAACCACCGGCCGCCGCUGACGCUGGCGCGGUGCAGCGGCGCGCACGUCAUCGAGUUCCUCAAGUACCUGGACCAGUUCGGCAAGACCAAGGUGCACGCCGCCGGGUGCGCCCACUUCGGCCAGCCCAGCCCGCCGGCGCCGUGCCCGUGCCCGCUGCACCAGGCCUGGGGCUCCCUCGACGCGCUCAUCGGCCGCCUGCGCGCCGCGUACGAGGAGAGCGGCCACGCGCCCGAGUCCAACCCCUUCGCCGCCCGCGCCGUGCGGAUCUACCUCCGCGACGUCCGCGACGCGCAGGCCAAGGCGCGGGGCAUACCCUACGAGAAGAAGAGCCGCAAGCGCAAGCAGCCGCCGCCGGCCGCCGCUGCGGGGGAGGCGGCGGCGGCGUCGUCGUCUUCGGCCGCGGCAGCACGGGUGGCCGCCGGGAGCGCCGGGGACGGGUCGUCCGCCAGUGGCAGCGCGGCGGCGAAAGCUGCACCGACCACCGCCCAGGGAAGCGCCGCUGCUGAUGCAGCGACCAGCACAUCCCGAGUACAGUAGAGGACCUCGAGCUUUAGUUUGCAGCACUUGAGCUAGCUAUAUUUCUUCUCUGCCAUUCGGGUUCAGCAUCGUUCUUGCCUUUCUUCCUUUCCUUUUUGUUUGCUGGAUUUCUUCCUGCUCGCCACUUGAGCCAUUUUAAUUAUUUCACUAUUUGCUGAACUAGCCAGCUACUGGGUCAGUCGACCAGUAAUAAUAUCAUGCGCAUGGCAAUUGGCAAAAAUUUGUAGUAUAUCCAGGAGAUCGAGGGAGAAGUGAAUUAAUGAAUAGGUCUUGUACGUACUCUUGUUGCUUAGCUUGCCCAUGCAUGCAUACCCGAGAUAAAAGAGCAAGCUUUAUUAAUUUGAGGCUAUAUAUAAGUGCAGAUUAAUUUGAGAUCGAUCUUCAUGUAUAUAUAUGUCUGAGCAGUGAGCACACAGGAUUUAAUUAUC